CUAUCCAUGUGUAUGGCGCGUUCACAGAAAAACAUAUGAAAAAAAUUAUUUGAAAAAGGGAUGAUGAACUUCUGAAUAAGUGUCAACAAAUCUUAAUCGUAUGAUAUAAAAUGAGUCAUUCAAAGAAAGUUUCAGCAUUUUCAGUCUUUAAAGGGAAAAGGGACAGAGAUAGUGUAUCAAGCUUGGACAGCAGAGCCAGCAUGCGUAAAGCAUCAAGUUCCCAGUCCAUCAGAGAAGAUGUUAAAAAGGCUUUGGAUGGAAAAGGGAAAAAGAUUAUGAAAGCCUUAAAAGGUGGAAGUCUGAGAUCUAGCUUGAGAAGUACCCCCAAAGCCAGACCCACAAUUCUACCUGACACAGAGAAGGCAGACCCGGUGUCUCUGAAGAGUGUCAGGUCCACCUCAGACUUAGAGGAGCAAAAUUCAGCACAAGUAGACAGAGGGAAGCCAUUGUCCACACCAGUUAUACCAAAACAGAUCUCUGCUGUUCGCCCGACGAGGAACCAGAACAUCCCUCCUACAGGUAAACACACACAAAACCCCCCUCCUUCUGACAAAGAAUCUCCGGGAAAGCAGUCAGACAGAUCCUCCAUUGAGACUGCUACACCUCUAGCAGAAGCUGGCAACAAACCAAAGUCAAUCCUGAAGCCCACAAAAAACAAGAAGACGCCCAGUCCUCGUGUGUCAGAUGGCGAGAGGCGACAGUCAGGGAAGAACAAACGACCAGAGAAUGACGAGGACAGUAAGCCAGCUAAAAAGAAGAGAAGGGACAACUCGGAAGUUCAGACCCAGGACUGUAGCACUGAGGAGAUGGAACAUGCCCUGUCGUUUGAGGAUGACUCAGUGUCUAGUUCCCAGCUUCCCUACAUGUUUAACAGUGGAGAGGAAGCCAGAAAAAUCUUUGAAUGCCUCAUUCACCCUGUUAAGCCAGACAAAUUCUUCAAAGAGUUGUGGGAGAGGAAGCCUUUGUUGGUACAGAGACACAUGGCUCAGUACAAUGAUGGCUGGUUCAGUACGUCCGAGUUGGACAGGAUUCUACGAGAGGAAAACAUACAGUUUACAACCAAUUUAGAUGUGACAACAUUUACUAAUGGACAAAGAGAAACUCAUAACCCAGUGGGCAGGGCCUAUCCUGCUACCGUGUGGGAUUUCUAUCAGACUGGCUGUUCUGUAAGACUUUUAAAUCCACAAACCUACUCCAGGAAUGUUUGGAAACUCCUUUCUGUGCUUCAAGAGUACUUUAAUUGUUGUGUUGGAGCCAAUAUAUACUUAACUCCACCUGGCACACAAGGGUUUGCUCCACAUUAUGAUGACAUUGAGGCUUUCAUUCUACAGUUGGAGGGCAGGAAGCACUGGAGGUUAUACAGCCCAAGGACAGACAAUGAAGUUCUGCCACGGUUUUCAAGUGGAAAUUUUUCAGAAAAAGAUCUAGGGAAGCCGAUUUUGGACACGGUACUGGAUCCAGGGGAUCUGUUGUAUUUUCCCAGAGGGACAAUCCAUCAGGGUAACUGUAUGGAGGACACACAUUCCCUACACAUAACUGUCUCCUGUUAUCAGAAGAAUACCUGGGGGGAUCUAUUUGAAAAGUUGGUUCCCAGAGCCCUUCAGAUUGCUAUUGAUGAAGAUGUGGAGUUCAGAAGAGGGCUUCCCAGAGAGUAUUCAUCUUACAUGGGAAUAGCCCACUCUGACAUGGAGAGUUCCCCCAGAAACCUGUUCCUUAAGAAGGUGGAGCAGCUGAUGAUCCGUAUGGUGCAGCAUUUACCUGUGGACUCAGCCUGUGAUCAAAUGGCCAAGUCAUUUAUACACGACAGCCUGCCUCCUGUUCUCUCUGAUGCUGAAAAAGCCUUUAGUGUCCAUGGUAGUGGUGAGCACUGGGACAAGGAGAAGAUGUGUGUGGCGGGAACUGCAGAGAUUGAACCCGACACUACCAUCAAAAUCAUCCGCAAAGGCAUCUUAAGACUUUUAACAGAAGAAGAUGAGGUGCGCAUCUACCACUCCCUGGAAAACACUAGACUGUACCAUGAAGUGGAGCCCAGUUUUAUACAGAUCUCUGCAGAAGCAGCACCAGCAGUAGAAUAUUUGAUUCAUUCUUACCCCAAGUAUGUCCCAGUGGAGAGCUUGCCAUUGCCAACUCUGGAUCAAAGAAUUGAUGUAGCCACUAUGAUGUACGAGAAAGGUUUACUGAUCACGGGGGAACCACUUCUUACAACAGAUGAAGACUCCAGCUAAAUCCAGUCUAUAGCCGGUCAUCUCACGGAAUCACAAUAUGUAAUCCUGCAGGAUUUUCUUUCUAGGACUCAGAAGCUGUAUUGUAUUUCGUGAUAAAUAAAUGUCCCAGUCUAAUUGUACGGAUGAUUCCAAAAGUGUUCAAUUGCAAAUAUGAAAAAUUUGUAAAUAUAAUUUUUUAAGAAAAUUUUUGUUAAAAACAGGUGCAUAAUAGUAUGUUAGCCUUUUAUAUUUGUGGACAGUAUGUUUUAGUCAGAAAUGUGUGAUACUGUGAAUAUUGUCCUUAUAUGAUUUUUAAGAAUUUUAUCUUUUUUUUUCAACUCUAUUUCUCUUCUAUUAAAGAGACAGAAUUUAAUAAAAUAAAACUGAAUACGGGCUUGUAGGAAAGUGAUUUUCAUUCCCCCAUGGUUUAAAAAAAGAACUGAAAUUUAAACAGGUUUAAACAUUUUACACAUAUAACAAAUGAAAAUUGUUCAUCCGAGUCACUUUGCUUUAAGCAUGUUUUACCGUGAAUUAUAUGUACGCUAGUCAAAGCACUGUAAUUUAGAAUGGCAUAACUUUUGAAUUGGGACGAUUUUUGUGCUUUGUAGAUUACAACAGGUCAUUGCCAACCAAAUCCCAUUUUGAAAAUGUUUUCAUUUAUUUCAUAGUUUUGUAUUUGGUAUUUAUUAUGCUCAUACAGUGAAACAUUUUAUAGUUAUACAAAUGUGUACAUGCCAGCUAUUCCAAUAAACAUAAUUAACAAUUCAAUUAAAAUCAUAGAGGGAAAAUAAUAUAAGUGGACAACAUACUACUGAGUUAUUAAAUUUUAAUAGACUGAACCAAUGAAAUACAUUACGAUUUUUUUGUCUCUGCUUGUAAUAAGAAAGUACCAUUACUUAUCCGAGAAUAAAUCUGUGAAUGUAUAUGACAUCAUACUGUAUUUUAAAGUAUGUUCAGGAUGGACUUUUUUUAAAUAAACAAUUUUCCCCCUCACAUAUGUGAUUCUCUAUACAUUAAUGCAUUUAUUUGUAAUAUAUUUUUAUUUAUUUUUUCAUAGAGCAGAGAGCUCAUUGUUGUACUGUUUAUUUUUCUUUUUUUCUUCAAAAACACAAUAAUUGCAGAGAAUAAUCAAUUAAGUAUUAAAAAGAAGCCAUUUUUCACAUUUUCUAAUUGAAAAUUAAAGUUUUGCAUUUUGGAAAGUGAAAAUAAAAUUUUGAGUGUAGAAUUAUUGGUCAUGGAUAUUUUUCUUAUGACAUGUCAGAAACAAGACAUGGUUGUAUAGUAUGCUUACCAUAAAUUUUCAUGAAUCAAAUAAAGAAUCCACAUGAA